GCUGUGCAACUUUCGGCACGCCAUUGUGGAAACCGGAAACUAGCUACUUUCACAUAAACGUUGCUCGGUCCGUACUCUCAGGCUUGCGCUUCAGUUUCUAAAUUGAGUUUUUAAUCUUUUUAAACAAAAAAAAGUAGAAACUGCCCCCACAAUGGCUACGGACUCUUGGGCCCAGGCAGUGGACGAGCAAGAAGCUGCGGCGGAAUCGAUUGGUAACCUUCAGAUAAAAGAAAAACCAGAGGAAAAUGGCACGCUUUCAAACGCAACAGACUCGGGUAGUGCAGCUGCAAAAUCAGAACCCGAGGGAGAAAACAAGACUACAGAGGACGAUGAUAAAGAUGACAAAGCGGCACAAUCAUUAUUGAACAAGCUAAUCCGGAAUAAUCUUGUCAAUAACACCAAUCAGGUGGAAGUUCUUCAGAAGGAUCCCAACUCUCCGCUCUACUCAGUCAAGUCCUUUGAGGAGUUGCGACUGAAGCCACAGCUGCUUCAGGGUGUUUAUGGCAUGGGUUUCAACCGGCCAUCUAAAAUCCAGGAGACUGCCUUACCUAUGAUGCUGGCUGGACCUCCACAGAAUCUGAUUGCUCAGUCACAGUCAGGAACAGGGAAAACUGCUGCCUUUGUUCUGGCUAUGCUCAGUCAUGUAGAUCCUGACAACAAAUAUCCCCAGUGCCUCUGUGUGUCACCCACCUAUGAACUGGCACUUCAGACUGGCAAGGUUAUCGAGCAGAUGGGGAAGCACUAUCCUGAGGUCAAACUAGUCUACGCAAUCAGAGGAAAUAAAUUGCCCAGGGGCAUGAAGCUACAGGAACAGAUCGUUAUUGGGACCCCUGGCACCAUGCUGGACUGGUGCAGUAAAUUCAAGUUCAUCGACCCCAAGAAGAUCAAGGUGUUUGUGUUAGACGAGGCAGAUGUCAUGAUCGCAACACAGGGUCACCAAGACCAGAGCAUCCGCAUCCAAAGGAUGCUGCCUCAAACCUGCCAGAUGUUGCUAUUCUCAGCCACGUUUGAAGAGACAGUGUGGAACUUUGCCCAGCGCAUCGUGCCUUCUCCAAACAUCAUAAAGUUAAAGAGAGAGGAGGAGACCCUUGAUACCAUCAAACAGUACUACGUGUUGUGCAACAGCAGGGAGGAAAAGUUCCAAGCCCUCUGUAACGUCUAUGGAGCCAUCACUAUCGCCCAGGCCAUGAUCUUCUGCCAUACGAGGAAGACAGCAGGCUGGCUUGCUGGGGAACUGUCCAGAGAGGGCCACCAGGUUGCGCUGCUCAGCGGUGAGAUGCAGGUGGAGCAGAGGGCUGCUGUCAUUGACCGCUUCAGAGAUGGCAAGGAGAAGGUUUUGGUCACCACGAAUGUUUGUGCUCGAGGUAUCGACGUUGAGCAAGUUUCUGUGGUGAUCAACUUUGACUUGCCUGUGGACAAGGAUGGUAACCCGGACAACGAGACAUACCUGCACAGGAUCGGCCGCACAGGACGAUUUGGCAAAAGGGGACUGGCCAUCAACAUGGUGGACGGCAAGAUGAGCAUGAACAUCCUCAACAGGAUCCAGGAGCAUUUCAGUAAGAAAAUCGAAAGAUUAGACACAGAUGAUCUGGAUGAAAUCGAGAAAAUCGCCAGCUAAAGAAAGCGUUGUUUAUUGCAUGAAGGACGCAAACUCGACUGCCCCUCCCCUCUUUGUCCCCCCCCCCAGGACUGUACGCUCCUACAGUGUUUUAUGCUUUUAUUUUUUUUAGCUGUUGGAGAAAAGAGCAAAACCACAAACACAAUAUAUGUUUACAUGUGGAUAUGUUUCCUCUCGGACGAGUGUUUUUGUAAGUCUCGGGAGCAUACCCCAUUCACUCUUUGUACCUCUUUGAAUAAAGUGUCUGAGUUUA